GAUGGCCAAUAGAAAAUGCAAGAAAAUUGGCGUUAGGAAAUGCCGUUACCUCAGGUGACGAUUCUUCCUCUACAAGUACAACUUUGACAACAGGAGGCUCUACUAAACCUUUACUCGUUAACGAAAGUUGUCUGGAAUUUUUAAUGAUGGAGAUGGUUGAUUUAAUGUAUCGUACAACGGCUGAUUCAGAAAAUGAUAAAGAAUCAGUAUUUUAUAAAUUGGAAGUAUUGGGAUAUCAAGUUGGCCAAAAUCGUCCACGAUUUGUUGACACUCUUGAUGUGGUUAAAUUUAUAUGUAAAGACCUUUGGACAAUAAUUUUCAAAAAACAAAUUGAUAAUUUGAAAACUAAUCACAGAGACAAUAAUUUUCGAUGGUUUCUUAGAAUGUCUACUGAGACUGGAGGAGCCGAAGCUGCAAAGAAAGCUGUACCUGCUACUGGUAAUAAGCAAGGUCCAACUUCACAGGAAAACGGUACUGCGGAACCAAAACACCAAGAGAAAGAUAGAACACCAGUCGUGUCCAGGUCACAGAGAGCUGGUUUACAAUUCCCGGUUGGCCGUAUUCAUCGUUAUUUGAAAAAGCGAACUCUGAAUAAUGCACGUGUUGGCGCGAAAGCUGCCGUUUAUUCAGCUGCUAUUCUAGACUAUCUUACAGCAGAAGUUCUCGAAUUAGCAGGAAAUGCGUCUAAAGAUCUGAAAGUCAAACGUAUCACGCCACGUCAUCUACAAUUAGCAAUUCGAGGUGAUGAAGAACUAGACACGCUGAUUCGAGCUACAAUCGCUGGUGGUGGUGUUUUACCA